AUGGACGAUAGCAGCAAGAUCAAACCUUACAUUGCCCACUUGAACUCUCAGCUAGCCAAUUUGGGCCCUGAAAUCAACAAGUUUACCCACAAAUCGCUAGAUGAACAGCUUCUGCUCCUGAACGAUGAGAGAUCAAAACUGGACCUCUCGAACCGGUAUGCGUAUGUGCUUUCAUCGCUCAUUUUUGCGUACAUGAAGCUGCACAAUGUCAAAGACCUGACCCCAAUAAAACAAGAACUGGCCCGGGUCAAGCGGUAUAUGGACCUUGCUCGCCAGUUGGACAAGAAUGACGAAAAGCAAGAGAAACUAGAAAAGGAGAGCCAGGAACAGGCCAAGCAGAUCAUAAAUUCCGCUCUUGGCGGUAGGGCAAGCAGUCCCGCGAUCAGCAAAGUAAAUUUCCAGGGAAAGCACACCAAGUUUUCUGAAGAGCCUCAAACGGGUUCUGCAAGCGAGAAAGUGAUACCGAAAAAGCCUCACAGCACGGGCAAAGUCUCAAAACGAGAAAAGCGCUAA